GCAGGUGGUACGUUUUCCUACUGGGGGCUGCUAGCAGCAUGACUAGAUCGACUGACUGAAGUGACCACAACAGCCCACCCAGAGCGAGGACAUUUCCCAGCUUUCAGGGCAAAAGAAGAGUUUAUCGUAUUCUGUUAUUUUAUUUACAUAGUAAAUGAAUAAAGUGAAGAGGUUCUCUGUAGCCAAAGUGGCUGCAGUUUUCAUCAGAUUCUCUAUGAGGUUAAAGAGCAGUGACAGUAGACCUUCAGCUCCACUGGGUUCACGGAUUCUGACCAGUCCUGAUGAGAUCUUCAAGCACAACAUGUGGGAUCAUGUGCAAUGGACAGAGGAGGACAAGGAAAAUGCACGGCAGAAGGCGGAGGAAAAUUCCAUUGUACGACUUCCUUUAAACGAACAAGGUAAAUUUGUUACAGCAGCUUGCCAGUACUGGGACAUGUUUUAUGAGAUUCACCAGGACAAGUUCUUCAAAGAUCGCAGGUGGCUGUUUUUAGAAUUCCCAGAGCUGCUGCCUUCAGGUGAAAGAGGCCAGAGCACAAACACGUGUCACAGUCAUCAGCAAGCAGCCAUUCAACUAUGUAGUGCAUCCAGAUUGGACACCGAAACUGGAAAACAUCAACGGUGCAAUCCCAUUGACCAUCACAGGAAUACAGACACCUUUAACUUUCAGGAGUCCUAUCAACAAGCUGCACGAGGAACGAAUGAAGCUGCUGUGGAUGAUUCUGCUUUUCCUGGACAACGUGCAUCCUUCAGGAUCCUGGAGGUUGGAUGUGGAGUUGGUAACAGUGUGUUUCCUAUUGUAAAUAACAUCAAAGAAACAGACUCAUUUUUAUACUGUUGUGACUUCUCGCCACGUGCCAUUCAGCUGGUUAAGAACCACCCAGACUAUGACGACUCGGUGUGCCACGCCUUCGUCCAUGACAUUUGUGACAAAAUGGCCACCUUCCCAUUUCCUCCUCAGAGCCUGGAUAUUAUUCUGGCAGUAUUUGUGCUCUCUUCCAUUCAUCCAGAGCGCUUGCAAGACGUUGUGAACCAUCUGUCUGCAUACCUGAAACAUGGUGGUGUGCUCCUUUUCCGUGAUUAUGGGAGAUACGACUUCUCACAACUCCGUUUUAAAAAAGGACGAUGUCUAUCAGAAAAUUUCUACACACGCGGAGAUGGAACCUGUGUUUAUUUUUUCACAAAAGAGGAGGUUCAUGAUUUGUUUUCCAAAGCUGGACUGGAAGAAAUUCAGAAUCUAGAGGAUAGACGACUGCAAGUGAACCGAGGAAAGAAAGUAGUAAUGCGCCGGGUGUGGAUGCAGAGCAAGUACAGAAAACCAUAUCCACCUUCAACCUCUUAGCAUCCCACCAUGCACAGAUCUAACUAGAAUUGUGUAUUUUUCAUACUUUUAUACUUAAACUGGUUUAUUUGGGCCUAGUAAUAACUUUUUUUUGGAGGCAGCUGGGGGUAAAAUAUAUAAAACUCAAUAAAAACCAGUAAACAGGUGUUUGGUGUUUUCUACUUCUCAUUAUAUUCAUAUUUAGAUACUGACACAAUGUUGUUAAGUCCAGGUGGGCUCGGGUACAUGAACCAUGCACUAGAUGUUUUGAGGCCACUGUAAGAAUGAUUGACAGGAGAUUACGUUCCAUUAUUCAGUAAGCCACUUCAAGCCACUUUUUGUAAGAGAGAAGCAAAUUAGCGGUUGCACUGAUGUGUUGCCUGAAUAUAUGCUUAGCUGUGUUUAUUGAUGCUGAUUUAUCUGCAGAUAAGCUGCAAAACUGAUUCGACCUCACUGCCAUAAAGAACAUUUCAGGAAAUCAUUCCCACUGUUCUAAGACAUACAUUGAGCAAAUUAGAACUAGUGAAUCUUCUCGGACAAGAGAUUUAACAUCUUCAAGAAUUUUAAAGGAGUCCAGUCGCUUUCUUUCCAAUCGCCUUGGAUUCCCAUGACCUGGAUGACUCUACACGGAUAUUCCUGUUAUUCUUUAUGAAAUUGUACAACAGCUCUUGUUUUUGUGACCGGAGAACACAUCCGACGCACACCAGGACACAUGAUUACAUGCAUAUUUCUGUUCCAAACCUCCUUGCUGCUGUUUCUUAAGUGUACAGUGCACAUGUUAUUUGUUAUGUCAUUUCCACCACUGUUUGCUACAAUUUGCUUUUGCAUGAUCUCAGUCUUUUAUCUUUUUUCUUUACAUUAACUUAAUUAUCCGAUUUCAAAUUUUUUGCACUGCUUUACAUAUUAAAGCCUUCAGUAUUGGUCUAUGGUACUUUUAAUAUUGUUUGAUUUUUUUGUAGAUUAUGCUAUUUUGAUUUUUUUGUUCUUUUUGUAACAAUAAAAUCUGGCAAGCUAGCUAUCAGCAGUGCUGUGAAGAAGUAUUUGUCCCUUCUAAUGUCUUAGUUUGUAUAUUAGUAGUGGUUAAAAUUAGCAAGAAAGAAAUUGUUUUAAAGCAUGUAAUCGUUACUAAACUGAAAUACUCAAAUUUAUGAUCAAAUAUAUGGAAUUUAUUUACCAGCAGUGGAGAAAAAAUGUGAGGGGGAGCUAAGUUAAAAUUUCAAGUUAUUAUCUCAAAAUUUCAACUUACUAAGUAUCUAAAAGUUUUGCCUUACUUCUGACUAACUGGAAAUGUCAAGAUACUUCACUCAAAAGUUUGAGAUAACUAAAAAUGUCAAAAUAUUAACUCGGAGUUUUGAAUUACAAGUUUAUUUUUAAUAACAUAAACAAGCUUCCAUAUCAACCCAUUAACCCU